GAUGAAAACGUGUGCACUGGACACAAUGUGAAUUGAUUGUGAAAUGUUUAAAACCUUUUGUGUUGUAAACAUUGUGCUGUUUGUCGUCUUCAGGCUUCAGGUGUGUAUAGAGCAGAUAGCGCUGGAUACUAUAGCGCACCUCUGUGACGGUGACGCACGAACUGCUCUCAACGGUCUUCAGCUGGCUGUGCAGGCGUGUGUUUUGCAGUUGCGCACAUCUUCCUCCAAAGCCGACGGAGCUCCUCAGCAGAUCAUAGUGCGAGAGAAACACAUUAAAGAGGGUCUUCAGAGAUCACACAUUCUUUAUGAUAAAGCAGGUGAGGAGCACUACAACUGUAUCUCAGCCCUACACAAGUCAAUGAGAGGCUCAGAGGAAAACGCUGCCCUCUAUUGGCUGGGCAGAAUGCUGGAGGGAGGUGAAGACCCAUUGUAUGUAGCUCGUAGACUUGUCCGAUUUGCUAGUGAGGAUAUUGGUCUGGCAGAUCCUGUGGCGCUCACUCAGGCUGUAUCAGUGUUUCAGGCCUGUCACUUCAUCGGCAUGCCCGAAUGUGAGGUCAUUCUAGCCCAGUGUGUGGUUUAUAUGGCCAGAGCCCCCAAGUCUGUGGAGGUGUACAAGGCCUAUAAUAAUGUGAAGAGCUGUUUGAGAAACCAUCAAGGCCCGUUACCGCCCGUACCCCUCCACCUACGCAAUGCCCCUACCAAACUAAUGAAGAAUCUGGGCUACGCGAAAGGAUACAAAUACAACCCAAACUUCAAUGGGCCAGUAAACCAAGAAUACCUUCCUGAGGAACUCCGAGGUGUCAAUUUCUUUAGCUGGACACCCUCCAGUUCAUGACUUAAUGAGAAAUGGACUUAAAAGUCUGCACUUUUGCUUUUGUCUUCAUCAGUGUUGCACUGUCAAAUCACAUAUCUUGCUCGGAGCCAAAUGUUGCGUAUUAUAAAUGGAAAAACGGCAUUUGCUUAUACUGUUAAUAAUUAUUUUAUACCAUGUAUGGUUUUAUAUAUAUAUAAAAAUAAAAUACUCUGAUCCUCUGUCUGCUGAAAUCAGUGAGAAAAAUUAUUCAUCAUGCUUUGAUUCUAUAUACACUGGUGGCCAAAAGUUUGGAAUAAUGUACAGAUUUUGCUGUUUCAGAAGGAAAUUGGAACUUAAAGUGGCAUUCGACUGAUCACAAAGUAUAGUCAGGGACAUUACUGAUGUAAAAACCUCACUAUUUGAAAAAAGUCAUUUGUGGUAAAAUCUAGACAGGCCCCAUUUCCAGCAGCCAUCACUCCUUCACCUUAUCCUUGAGUAAUCGUGCUAAAUUGAUCAUUUGGUACUAGAAAAUCA